AUGAAUAGUGGUGAAUAUCAGAAAUUUGAAGAAUUAGGUUUAGAUUAUGUUGGAAGAUUGAUUAUAAGAGCCAAAACCAAUUUAAGUUUUAAGUAUCCCUCCCUUACUAUAAAGAAAGAAUGUAUUGAGUAAUAAUCGAAGAAUUUAUUUUAGUUUCUUCUCAAACAGGUAAUGGAAAGACAGCUGCAUUUUCCUUUCCAAUUCUAUAGACAUUUAGUUAAGAUCCAUAUGGAAUCUUCGCAAUUAUAUUAACUGCAAAUAGAGAACUAGCAGUAUAGAUAGCUGAAUAGAUAUAAAUAUUUGGUGCUAGUGUCAAUUUGAGAUUAGCUUUAUUAAUAGGGGGACUUUCCUCUUCAAAAUAAGUCAAACUAUUAGGAUAAAUCCCACAUAUAAUAAUUGGAACUCUUGGGAGAUGUGCAGAAUUGCUUAGCAUUGAUGUUAAUUUCUAGAAAUAUAUUAAGAAUGUUAAUAUUUCAUAUUGGAUGAAAUAGAUAGACUGUUUGGAACCUCAAAUUUGGGAUGAUAUAAAAAAAGUAUAUGAAUAAUGCGAAUCUCCUUAUAUUGCAUUAGUAUCAGCUACUCUGAAUAAUGUCACCCAGUAAUUAAAAGACGAAUUUGCUAAUGUUGACUUUGUUAAAUGGAGAAUAACCCAGAAUAAAAGGUAUCAGAAACUAUUAAACAUAAAUUUGUAUUGAUGCCAGAUUUUGUUAAAGAUUAUUAUUUCAUCCAUCUAAUGAAAAAAUUAGAAGGAGCAUCUACCAUUGUUUUUGCUCCUACAUGUAGAAAGUG